UCUUAAAGUCAGUUUUUGCGUUAAUGUUGCUAAUGCACCAUUUGAGCGAAAAAAAAAUUGUUAAGGAAAAAUUUUAUGUUAGCAAACCCUUUGUUAAAUAUUUCGAAUAUCACCACUGGAUAGAUUUACCUUAGGUAGCCAAAAUGGCCGUGCUUCCGACUGUUCAUGGUCCAGAGGGACUCCUCCCGAAGGGGAGCCGCCGAGUGCAAACGUCACUUGUUAUUGAUUCACAGUGUUUCUUGAACAAAAUAAAUAAAAAAAAGGUAACGUCUACUAAAAAUGUAGCUAAUCUAACCGAAACGAACCUAAUCGAAGCGCCACCAUUUUGGCUGCCUAAGGUAAAUCUAACCUUUUUUUAAAUUACUUUUAAAUAACUAAGUACAGUAUUGUCAAUUUACCUGUCAGCAUGGCUUCUACGACUCAACAAAAAACAGUUUCUAAGAAAAGGAAAUAUAUCGAUGAAAGAAGGUUAUUUAAUGAGAAAUGGACAGAGGACUAUUUUUUUCUUGAGGUGAAAGGUGAGGCACUCUGCCUAAUUUGUCGUGUUUCAAUACCUGUCUUCAAAGAGUAUAAUUUGAGAAGGCAUUAUGCACAAAAACACGCUUCCAAAUUCGAUGCAUAUCAAGGAAUGUGUCGCAAAGACAAAGUAAUGGUACUGAAAAAAGAUCUUAUAUCUCAACAAAAGGUUUUUAGCAACGUUACAACUCAGACAGACUCCUUUGUGAAGGCUAGUUUUGUAGUCGCAAAUUUAAUCGCCAAAAAAUCAAAACCAUUUUCUGAUGGCGAGUUUAUUAAGGAAUGCAUGGAAAAUGUUGCAGAUAUAAUUUGUCCAGACAAGAAAAGUGAUAUUUCUAAAAUCAGUUUGUCUCAUCAAACUAUUGCAAGGAGAAUUGACGAUCUCGGGAAAUAUAUCGAAAGCAAUUUGAAAAGUAAAGCCUGUGGGUUUAUAUUUUAUUCUUUGGCCAUGGAUGAAAGUACUGACGCUACUGAUACGGCUCAACUCGCCGUUUUUAUUAGAGGUAUAAAUGACGAAUAUAGUGUAACUGAAGAAAUGCUCUCAUUAGUGUCAUUAAAAGACACGACAAAAUCAAGAGAUUUAUAUGAAGCAGUGAAAAGAACCUUAAUGCGAUUUUCUUUAUCCCUUUCCAAUAUAUCUGGUAUAAUUACGGAUGGGGCCCCAGCUAUGAUAGGUAAGAAAGAAGGGCUUGUAAAAUUAAUAGAAAACGAUGCCAUUGCUGUCGAAAAUUCUCGUUUGAUGAAGUACCACUGCAUACUACACCAAGAAAAUUUAUGCGCAAAAGCUUUGAAAAUGGAUCAUGUUAUGCAAAUCGUUGUCAAGACUGUGAAUUUUAUAAGAGCCCGGGGAUUAUAUCAUCGCCAAUUCCAAGAAUUUCUCAAAAAUAUUGAUGCCGAGUAUAGCGAUAUCGUAUAUUUUGCAGAAAUAAGGUGGCUCAGUCGAGGACAAAUGUUAAAAAGAUUUUAUGACCUACUUAAUGAAAUCAAAUCUUUUAUGACAUCGAAAGCAAAAUCUGUGCCAGAAUUUGACGAUGCUAACUGGCUUGCAGAUUUAGCAUUUUUAGUAGAUUUGACUGGUCAUUUAAAUGACUUAAACACGCGUCUUCAAGGGAAAAACCAACUUAUUAGUGCAAUGUUUCAAAUCAUAAACGCAUUCCAGGUAAAACUGAAAUUAUGGCAGGCUCAAUUAAAUGCGAACGACUUUUCGCAUUUCAACACAUUGUCCAAACAUAUUCCUAAAAAGGGGAAAAAAUAUGCGGCCUUUCUUUUCGAUUUGUUACAAGAAUUCGAAAAUAGAUUUUCGGAUUUUCGGAAAAAUAAUCUCAAUUUUUGUAUUUUCGCGACUCCAUUUACAGUCGAUAUACCAAUGCUGCCAGCAACUUUUCAAAUGGAAUGCAUAGAGUUGCAAUCUGACAUCCAGCUUAAAGAGAAAUUUGAUCAUGUCUCUUUGUUUGACUUUUAUAAAUCAUACCUACCCAGAGACAUAUAUCCCACACUGCACAGUCAUGCGUUAUUCAUGUCAUCAUUGUUUGGAAGCACCUACAUAUGUGAACAACUAUUUUCAAGAAUGAAGCAUACUAAGUGUAAAAUUAGAACUAAAAUAUCGGAUGAACACCUUGAAGGCUGCCUGAGAAUUGCAACUACUUCAAUUGAACCAGAUAUUGACGCAUUAGUUGCUCAACAACAAUGCCAAAUAUCACAUUAGUUUUAUGAUUUGGACUUAUGCAUAAAAUAACGCCAAGCGAAUUCUAUAUUUUAUGUUUUGCAUUUAUAAUGAAAAAAGUUCUAAAUAAAUGUUAAAUAUGAGGAUUAUACACUUUGCCUUCAUUCUGUCUUUUUUUUUUUUUUUCUCAUCAGCGAUUUGUGGCCCAAAACCCGAUAAUUUCUUCCAAUGUGGCACAGAGAGACUAAAAGGUUGGACACCCCUAGUUUAAUGUGUGGUGGA